AGGACGGCUCGUAUUUCCACAUUCGGCCACACCCGAUGUUCUCUUUCUGUUUCUGAUCAGUUGUGGCACGCUUUCUCAUUGUUUCUUUGGGAACAUUCUAAUCUAUUUCCCAAUCGGUCACAAUGGAGGGGGCUACCGAAGAGAAGGCGUCUGCUCUCAUGGUUGUGGUGUCGAUGGAACAGAGGCAUCCUGGCAAGCUUCUCAAGGAGACGAUGGACAGAAAUUUGAUGUUUUCUUAAGUUUUAGACGGGCUGACACUCGCAAGGGAUUCAUUGGCCAUCUUUAUGAUGCCUUGGUAACAAGGGGCAUCUCUACUUUCAUAACGUGAAUUUGGAGAAAGGUGAGAGCGUGAAUAACUUGUCUGGGUACAUAGAAAGGUCGAGGAUGUUUGUGGCCAUCAUCUCUAAAUGCUGAUUCCAAGUGGCGUUUGAGAGAGAUUACCAAGAUGGUGGAGUGCAGGAGGGCGGACCGAAGGAGGCUCAUCAUUCCUGUAUUCUUCGGUGUCGAACCUUCCGAUGUUGGGAAGCAGGAAGGUCAUUUUUUGCCAGCGUUCCAGAAGCAUGAAAAAAAUGAGAAGCUAAAGGAAGGGAUGAGGGACUGGAAGAAUGCUUUGCGUGAGGUUGGAAAGAUAUCGGGGUUCAACCUAAAGGAUGCAAAUGAGCACGAAGCAGAUCUUAUAACGUGCAUUUUGAAAAGGAUUAUGGAGGAAGUGAACCCUAAAUACCAGCUCAUGUGCGCCUAUCCUACAGAUCUUAAUUCUGGCGUAAAUGAGGUGAUCGAACGGUUGGAUAGGAAAGUUAGAAUGGUUGGGAUUUGUGGGAUAGGCGGCAUCGGGAAGACAACCCUUGCCAAAGCAGUCUACAACAGAUUAUUAAAGCAGCACAAUGAGAACUGUUCCAGCUUCGAGAAGUGCAGCUUCCUUGCAAAUGUCCGCGAAGUAUCAAAGUAGAACAGUGGAAUCGUUCGCUUGCAGGAGCAGCUGCUUCGUGAUGUCCUUAGAUUAGAAAUGCCAAUAAACGACAAGGACGACGGCAUCACCAAGAUCAGAAACAGAAUUGGAGACAUGAAAGUGCUUGUAGUUCUUGACGAUGUUGAUCAUAAAGACCAGCUCGAUGCGCUGGUCGGCAGCCAGUCAGGUUGGUUCAGUAGCGAAAGCAUAACCAUUGUCACUUGUAGAGAUGAAAGCAUCUUUAAGGGACGACAGAAAGUCAACUACAUGGUUCCGGAAUUGGAUCCUGCCCAAUCGCUUAAACUUUUCAGUCAGCAUGCAUUUAAGCAACCCGAGCCAAAAUCAGAUUGGAGAGGUGAAUUGUCGAAGAAAGUUGUGUCAAUUGCUGGUGGGAUACCUCUGUGCCUCCAAGUAUUUGGGAGCCUCUUCUCUGACAUUAAAUCCAUUGAAGGAUGGGAGUCGAAGCUGGAGCAAUUAAAACGGGAUCAAAAUGAAGAAGUCCAUGUUAGGUUAAAAAUAAGCUAUGACAGCCUUGAUACUAAAAAACAGCGGAUAUUCUUGGACAUAGCAUGUUUUCUUAUUGGUUGGGAGGAUUGGAUGCAAGUUUACCCAGGGGAAUUGGAGAGAUGGGAAGAGAGGAAACAAAAGAAAGAAUACGCAAUGCUCAUGUGGGAAGGUUCCAGACUUUACCCAACUGAUGCAAUUGAAGAGUUGCAGCGUAAAUUUCUAAUCAGCAUAAAUGAUGAGCAUGGCACAUUUGAAAUGCAUGAUCAAAUACGAGACAUGGGAAGAAAUAUUGUCCAGCAGGAGCCGGUGGCAACCAGGUUUUGGGAAAAUAACGAAACAUCGCAAAUGCUUCAACGAAGAAAGGGAACAGAGAAGGUUGAAGCCAUUAUUUUCCACCGUCACGUCGGGCAGCAUAAUAUUCCACCUUUGAACACGAUGUCUUUUAGAAACAUGGAUGAGCUGAGAAUACUUGAUACAAGCUGCGUCAGGAUGGAGGGCUCGUAUCAGGAUCUACCCAAAUCGUUGAAGUUCCUGAGGUGGUGGCAGUGUCCAUUGAAAUCAUUGCCGAUCAUCGACUUCGAUGUUAUGAACAUUGUAGUGCUCGACCUGACAGAGAGCAUCAUAGAGGAGUUUCUAGGUCCAAAUGUGACUAACUCGUGGUUUUUUCAUUACCUCCACCCCCAAGAGGUGAACUACUCGCGGACAUUCAGCCAAUUGAAAGUGCUUAUUCUCAAAAAUUGCAAGAACCUCAAGAGCUCCCCCGAUUUUAGGCUGAUUCCAAACGCAACCAAAUUGGUAUUUGAAGGGUGCACCAAGCUUGGUCGAGUCCACGAAUCGAUCGGCGAUCUCCAAAGGUUGGUGCGCUUGAACUUGGGAGACUGUCGUUCUCUAAAGAAAAUACCUGAUAGCAUCUGUCGCCUAAGUUCUUUGGAGAAGCUCGUCCUGAGCGGGUGUUGGUCACUGGGAGAACUCCCAGAAGAGAUUGGCAGGUUGACGUCUUUAAAGGUGCUCCAAUUAGGCCCAGGGGAUAUGCAAAGACUUCCGGAGUCUGUUGGCCUGUUGACAAACCUGCAGGAGUUGGAAGCCAUCCUUUGCACGGAUUUGAAGACCAUCCCAGACAUUUCAAAUUUGCAAGCCCUGAGACGUUUACGUCUGAGCGGAUGCUCACAGCUGAUGGAUGUUCCUGGCCUUAGCAAACUGAGAUGCCUAGAGUCCCUGCAACUCAACGGCUGUAAUGCACUAAGGGACAUGAAUGACAUGAUGAAGGAAGCGAAAUUCGAACAUUGCAAAUAUCUCAGCAUUCCUGGACAGCCGAUUGAUUAUUCCCGCUCCAAAUCCACAGGCGGAUGGGCAUGGUUGGUGACGGUAUCUUUUGCUCUCCCCAAUGUGCCCCGCCCAGGCAGGACUGGAGUUGUUGUUGAGGGCCGCGUGCCACGGUCUUAUACAGUAACCCAGGUUAAGGCCGAGAGGCAUGAUAGUUCUACGAUAAUCUUUGAAGAGGCAGAAAGUGAUGAGGCAUAGACUGAACCGGAAGAGGUGAUACGGAUCUCCCGUGGUGGAGCUCUCAUCCCUCGGAAGUUGGAGGAUGAUAAAGGGAAAGCAGUCAUUGUAAGAGAUGGGAAAGGAUACCGAAGGAUCGACGUCACGUUCGAGGCGAAAAGCGACUUUCAAGGUACUCGUUUCCGUAUCGACUUGUACGGGCUACGACCCUGAGAUCCAUGCAGUUUGCAUUUGGCUAUAUACAUAUGUCGAGUGUAUCAGUGGCAAACUUUGACACUGGUUUGCUGUUUGAUGGGGUGGGGGUAAAUUAAGGACAAUAUGCGUCUCAAUAUCAGCCUUAUUUUUCUUGUAGAAUUCAAUCAAUUAAUAUUUUUGAAAUAAA